AUGUGUGAAAGGUUGGGAAUCAUCCAUAUCCGUAUCGCCCCUUUCCACCCACAAUCUAAUGGGCAAGCGGAACGAUUCGUCGACACUCUUAAACGUUCGCUGCAGAAAAUCACGGAGGGAGAAGGUGUCCCCGCAAUUGAUGCUCUUCAAACAUUUUUACAAGUGUACCGCUCAACACCGAGUGCAGUCCUUGAUGGCAAGUCUCCUGCGGAAGGAAUGCUUGGUCGUCCAAUGCGUACUACUUUGGAAUUGUUGAAACCUCCUAGUGUCCCGAAAAACAUGAAUAAAGUUCUGCCCUCCAAAUAUACAACUGGUUCCAAAGUGUAUAUCAAGGUUUACAAGAACUCGAACAAGUGGAAGUGGGUUCCUGGUGAAAUCAUUGAAGAAAUAGGAAACGUCAAUUUCAAUGUGCUGUUGGAUAUACAGGUUGGGCGAAGGAAGUUAAUUCGUACACAUCUAAAUCAACUUCGACCAAGGUUCGAGACUGCUCAAGCUGAGGAUUCCGAAACUGCCACAAAUUCCCCGUUGAACAUCCUCAAGCAUGACUUUCAUUUGGACCAUCUUAUGCCCUUACAGCAGUCACAGCCGAACGAUACCCAUCAGCCCAAGGAUGACUGUGGAUCUGAGUCGGAAUCAGAUGAGUUCUUCCAAUCAGCAGCAGAGUUGUCUAUUCCACAUCAAUCAACUCCUGUCCCGUGUGAAAAACCGAGAUCAGCACGACCAACGAGGACUAUCCGGCCACCACAGAGAUUCAACGAUUACAUCAUGGACUGA